UCCACGAAGAGGGCGGGCAGAACCGCUGUUGGAGUUCGAUAAAGAGACGGAGCAUCGGACUCCUCACCGCUUUGGUAACCGACGGAGACUAGGAAACCUAGCCUCCGCUUGGCUAUUUAACAUCCCACCCCCCCUCGUAUGGCAGGCUAGGUACGAAGCACUCUCAAUCCAUCCUCUUUUCAAGUCUACGUCGCCGCCCGGAAUCUCUCGAGGAAUCGUCGAGAUUCUGACUCUCUGUUUUUGCUCCGCCGAUCCCUACGUCAAAUCCGCGACUCCUCUCGUUUCUCCCCCUCAUAAUGAAGAACUCUGAAUGCAAACUUUCAGAAAUGUCAUGUGGUUUAGAAAGGAUCAGAACAUUGGAUCCAUCAGCACACUGCAAAAGAAGAGUGUUGGAGAAGUGUUCAAAGCCAAAGCCAUCAGAAAGAGACAGAGCAAUCCACAUCCCUGAUGAUGUUAUGGUUAACAUACUCUCAAGACUUCCUGUAAGAUCAGUCCUGAAGUUCAGAUGUGUAUGUAAGUUGUGGCAUUCCCUGACACAAGAGCGUUACUUUGUUGGCCAACACUAUCAACAUCACUGGAAUAAGAAUAACCCUGGUUUCAUCAUUUUAUCCUGGAUACCAAGAAUCUCUGAGAUCACCUUAUAUUAUUUUACAGAAGAGAUCCACAAGUUUCGUAUGAAAGGUCAUAGAAGAGAAGAGACGUUUUCACUGUCAAAUCCCUGUGAUGGCUUAAUAUGUGUGUAUGGUCUGGAAAGCACAUAUAUAGUUAACCCCAGCAUCGGCGAAUUUGUAACCCUUCCAGAGGACUCUCUCAACCGUCCAUAUAGACCCAAUGUAGGUGCCAACAUAGGUCUGGGGUAUGAUAUCAGCACAGGUGAAUAUAAGGUGGUCCGCCUUGCCCCGCGUACAAGGUUUCCUGAAAGUUGCACUACAAGCUGUGAAAUCUUUACUUUAGGAUCCCAUUCGUGGAGAGCAAUAGGAGAUGUUCCUUAUUCAGUAUCCUGCAGUGUACCUGCUUUUGUGAAUGGAAACAUACAUUGGACAAUUAGAACAGAUCAUGAUGAAGAUCCAAGAAUUGGACUUUCCUUUGACAUUAAGAAUGAAACUUUUGACGUGAUUCUUCAUCCGGAAGGCCACACAGAUUCUAUAUUUGCUACUGUCACAGAGUUAGGAGGAUAUUUAUGUGUUUCAAGUUCAAAUUCAACUAGAGCGAACAAUCAUAUGCAAAAGGAUUUGUACAUCCUAGAAGAUUAUAUUAGUCGUAAGUGGAUAAAGCACACCAUUGAUAUGAGGUUGGUGGGACUUCAGAAUCCUUCUUUUCUAGCUCCCCGAAUGCAACCAGUGGUUGUCCAGCAUGGAAAGAUUAUACUAGCAAAUGACUGGGGCAGAUUUGAGUAUUAUAAUCCUAAAACCAGAUGCUUUGAGAAACCUGCAUUUUUAACUCCUGGGAUAGUUGCUCCUUACUUAGAAAGUCUAAUUUCACCACUUGCAAUUCAGCAAACCAUGGAUGAGGGCAUUCCAGAAAGGGAUGCAGCUUUCUUUCCAUCUGAUAGGGGGCAGCAAGCUGGAGUCGGACAUCUCUGAAUGUGGAUGCAGGGAUCCAUAAAAAUGGUGGAGGAAAUGGGAAUAUGGUGGACAAGUCAUGGAUGUCCAUAAAAAUAUUGGUGUUUUGGCGGGGAGUUCACAAUGCUUUAGCAUUCUUUUAGGUAGUAGUUGUGUUUAUUAUUGCAUCUGAGCACAAUGAAAAGUAUAAGAGAUUCAGUAUUUGAAGGUGAUAAUAGGCGAUAAAGAAAUUUAAAUUUGAAGUGGGAUUAUUCGUUACAAACAUUUGAUCCAAUAGAAUUAUGGAAUGUGAAUUAUAAAAUUGUAAUUGAUUUUGAUUUUCUUUUGUUAAUGUCGUUAUUCUUGCAUUUGCAAG